UAUAAAAAGGUAUCAGGCUUUAAUCAGCUCUGUUUGUCUCUCUCUGUUAGACCAAACAAGGGCAGUCGUCCCUCUCCUCAGUCUCUGUGUCAUCGGAGGUGUCCAGUAUUUCCAUGUCGUCCACCUCAUCACGACUGAAGUAUGUCUCUCUGGGGGUGCUGGUGCUGCAGACCACCUCCUUGGUGCUGACAAUGCGUUACUCACGUACUCUGCAGUCCGACGGGCCGCGCUACCUGGCGUCGUCUGCCGUAGUGUUUGCUGAGGUCUUAAAGAUUGCUGCAUGCCUGCUGCUUGUCUUCAGAGAACACAGUUUCAGUGUUCGUGGACUGAAUCGGGUGUUGAAGGAGGAAAUAAUCAACAAGCCUCUGCUAACGCUGAAGCUAGCCAUUCCCUCAGGUAUCUACACCCUGCAGAACAACCUGCUCUAUGUGGCUCUGUCAAAUCUAGAUGCAGCUACCUACCAGGUUACAUAUCAGCUGAAAAUUCUCACUACAGCGCUGUUCUCCGUGUCCAUGUUGGGGAAAAGACUGGGCAUUUACCAGUGGCUCUCUCUAGUCAUUCUGAUGACUGGCAUUGCACUCGUCCAGUGGCCAGCUGAAGUCUCAUCCGGCACCGAGCAGGAGGACCUGACCGCCGGCUCUCAGCUGAUGGGUCUGCUGGCUGUGCUCGUGGCCUGCUUCUCCAGCGGAUUUGCUGGCGUGUACUUUGAAAAGAUCCUCAAAGAGAGCAAGCAGAGCGUCUGGAUCCGUAAUAUUCAGCUAGGUUUAUUUGGGCUGGUUUUUGGACUCGGGGGAGUGUUUGCGUACGACGGAGAAAGAGUGCAGGAGAAUGGACUCUUUCAAGGGUACAAUCAUGUGACGUGGACUGUGGUGGCUCUUCAGGCUUUGGGUGGGUUAGUGAUUGCAGCUGUCAUCAAAUAUGCAGAUAACAUCCUGAAGGGCUUUGCCACAUCCAUCUCAAUCAUUCUGUCCACCCUCAUCUCUUAUUUCUUGUUGGAAGAUUUUGACCCUACUAGUGUGUUUUUCUUUGGUGCGAUGCUGGUUAUCGCUGCUACGUUUCUCUACGGGUAUGAGAGCACACCUGCCGUCAACCCGAGUAAAGUAUAGAAGACUGGACAUGAGAUGAUAAACCGUCAUCAGGAGAUGCUCUACUUCAGGACAAGAGAACCGGUGAUAUUGUAAGGACGCUAUCAGAAGGUAGCACAAAAAAACAUUCAACCGUGCAAAACUUGAGUUAUAUCAUUUCACGACGUCAACACACUAACACCAGAAAUGAAACUCCUGCUUCUGACGUAUUAGGUAGCAGGGCUGUUUGUUACACUCAGCGGAGGAUUUUAAGGACUUUGUGUUUACAUAUAAUAUGAAUCUCUGAGACAGAGCCUCACAAAUUCAACAUGUUACAGUUUCAUAUUUAUUUUGUGUGCAAUACAUGAGAAAAGAGAUUGUUUUACUUGAAUGUAUCCUUUGAGAAACAUCAUUUUCAUCAUUUUUCAAUAAAAAGUGUUUCUAAAGCG